AUGCCUGCCAGGAAUAUCCGCACGAUUCUGGGCAUCCCGCCCUCGACUCCGAGUGUGUCGGACAGCGUGCUGAUCAUCAUCGAUGCACAGAACGAAUACCUCAACGGCCUCCUCCAAGUCGAGAACGCCGAAUCGUCACGCAAAGCCAUCCGCGCGCUAUUGGAGCGAUACCGCAAUGCAGCAGGCAACAUCGUCCAUGUGGUGGCAGACUCGGCUCCCGGAGCGCCCAUCUUCACGCCCGGCACGCCCUUGAGCGAGAUCAUUGACGAGCUGAAGCCGAAGGGAGAUGAGCCUGUAAGUAAAGAAAAGAGAAGAGAGAAGAGAGAGAAGAGAAGAGAUUAG